CGGUCGGUGCGUGGAGGGGCCGGACGGAGAACGAGCGGGCGAGAGCGGGCCAAGAUGCGGGUCGAGGUGUUUCGCUGUAAAUGUGUAAAAUGCGUCUCGCUACUUUCAACACAGAAAACUAAGAAAAGUACUCCUGCCCUGACGCUUCUUGAUCUUCCAGCUGAUAUUUUGCUUUAUGUUUUGGAAUGUCUCCCGGCUCAGGAUAUUUUGCAUUUCAGAACGGUACACCCUCUCUUUAAAUCCCUUGUUGACAAUCACUCUAGUGUGUGGGCUCAUGCCAAUUUUCAGGAGAUUUGGCCAUCUCCAAUAAAUCGGUGGCUCUUUGAAAGGGCUGCAGAAAGUGGAAACUUUGAGGCUGCUAUAAAGCUAGGGAUAGCAUACCUUUACAAUGAAGGCCUUUCAGUUGCUGAUGAAGGCCGUGCUGAAGUGAAUGGACUGAAGGCCUCCCACUUCUUCAGUGUGGCCGAGAGUCUGAAUGUUGAUGCUAGCCCAUUUGUUUGGCUGUUCAUUAGGCCACCGUGGUCUCUGACUGGCAGCUGCUGUAAGGCAGUUGUCUACGAUAGUUUAAAGAACAAGUGCCAAUUACACUCAGCUAAGAUGGCAUCGCUAACCUACUGUUUAGCCAAAGUCCUGAGUCUCUUUGAGGAUGAAGAGAAGCAGAAGCAGGCUCUAUCAUUGUUUGAGGAAUCUGCUAGUCAUGGCUGUUUACCUAGUUCGUUCCACCUGUGGGAGAGGAACCAGAGAGAGGCAGUGACUGAUCCGGGGAGGUACCUUCAGAGUCUGAGAAAAUUGCGAGAUUAUGCAACAAAAGGUUGCUGGGAAGCACAGUUGGUGUUAGCCAAAGCCUGUGGAAAUGGCAAUCUGUUUGGAUUAAAGCUUAACCCUCAAGAUCUUGUAGCCCAAAUUUUUCAGUCUUCCCGUCCAUCCUUCAAGCAAAAAAUGUUCAAAGUACAAAAAGGCAUGAAUGACACAAUGAGAUACAUUUUAAUUGAUUGGCUGGUGGAAGUGACCAGCAUGAAGGACUUCUCCAGCUUGUGUCUGCACAUCACUGUGGCGAAUGUCGAUCGGUACCUGAUGCUGCGCUCUGUACCCAGGGGCAGGCUCCAGUUGUUGGGGAUAGCCUGUAUGGUUAUCUGCACACGCUUUAUUAGUAAGGAGAUCCUAACAAUUCGUGAAGCAGUCUGGCUUACGGACAACACUUACAAGUAUGAAGACCUAGUGCGGAUGAUGGGAGAGAUAAUUUCUGCACUUCGAGGAAAAAUUAAAACACCUACCAUUCUGGACUAUGCAGAAGUGCUGCUGGCAAUAUUUCCACUCGAAAGGCACACCAUCCAUCUCUUUAACUACAUCUGUGAACUUUCGCUGCUCUAUACCAACAUCUCUGUUUAUUCUCCUGCCAUGACAGCUGCUGCCGCAUUGCUGUUAUCUCGAUUACUCCACAAACAAGCCCUGCCAUGGUCCAGUCUGCUUGCAGAAUCCACUGGAUUUACAUUAGAGAGUCUAAUUCCAUGUGUAUUAACCCUGCAUCAAAAAUGCUUCCAUAAUGAAGUGCCCAGGGACUACCGUCAAGUUUCUCUGACUGCUGUAAAGCAAAGAUUUGAGGAUGAACGUCAUCAGCAAAUAAGCAGGGAAAAGGUGAUGGAUUACAAUGAAUUGUGCAAUCUGCUGGGGAUUAAAGAGGAAAGUGAACCUUUGCCUCUGAAUGUUCACACCAAUCCUGAGAUCCAGACUUUUUUGACAUCUCCUUCAGGCAACAAAACUAAACGACGAAGAGAAGAUAGUUUUCGAGAAGACAGAGGCAACUUCGUGGCAACUCCUAUUGUUGAGUUAUCUAAUCAUGAGGACACCUUCCUGGGCGACUUCCUGGAUCUGAGUUUAGACUUGUCCAGCACUGGAUAUGAAGGAGACCAGGAGAGUGAAGGAGGCAAACAUGUUGACACUAUUGCUGGACUGGAAGACCGAGCUACAGCCAGUGAGAAUUAUGAAGCAACAAGUGAGGAGAGUUUGGAGUAUAGCCUGAUGGAUGACCAGCUACAGCCAGCGUCACACAGACAUAAAGUGAGUGAAUCCCAAGAUCUGCAGGGGGAGCUCAGCUCAGGGUACUUGUCUGUGACCAGCGAAAGCCCCUCCUCAUCAGACCCUCAACAAUCAUUACCAUCUAUCUCAAGACUGUCUCCUGCAGUGGAGCGCAUUGAACCAGCUCCUUCCUCCUGUAGUACACAACACUUCCACCUGGUCCAUGAAUCAGAACCUGAAGACUCUAAGCAACUGUUGCCACCCUCUCGUAGAAGGCCCAUCAAACGCAAGAAUGGUGCAGAACAUGACAAAGAUGAUUCUGACUUGGAUUUGAGUGUCUAAACGAAAAUGAAUUUCUUUUCAAUUGGAAUGAAUUUGGUCGUGAAGUAUUGGUUCUGCACUAUGUUGUGAGAUUUGAGCAAGUUCAGAACUAAAGGGGAAUGAACUGUGCUGAAUUGUGGUCCUAAAUGUUUUACAAUAACAACUUGGGGAUGGCGUUUACUUUGUACUCGAUCCUCCUUGUUGGUGACGCUUUGGAAAUGGUGCUAAGGCUACUGUUUACAUCCCUGUUACACUGGGAACAUGACAUUUAAACACUUGUAUCGGUUUUGUCUGGUUUACAGGUUACAGCCCAACAUUACACUUAAGUGUUAAACAGUUUAGGAUUGUAUAAUUUGGUACAGAGUGCAUCUUUCUCAAAUGCCCAGUUGUAUCAAGGGUACUAAAGUAUUGGCCAUAAAGCCUGACACUUCAACAGGUAAACUCUCAAUAAGUAUCUUGUUUGUUAUAUUUAACAUUCGGGUGUUCUGUAUGGCUUUGGGGCUGUUUGGGCAAUGAUUUGGUUUCCAUUUGUCUUCAAUGGCAAAUGUCCCUGUAAAAGGCUAGUACCUGCAUUGUACAAACCUUCUAAAACCUGUCUAUCAAUGCUGCCAUUUCUUGGUUCAUAGCACCAAAAUUGCACUUUGUUAGUUGCCACUGCCUUUAAAGAGAAAUGACAAUGUUAGGAGACUUGAGAGUCACCACUAGCUGUUCAACACUAAAACUAAACGUCAUUCUGUUUGAUGUUACACCAUGUGUACAGCUGUUUGACAAAACCAUUCAAUGCAUUGAUUCAAGGGUGAUUAGACUUGUAACUGGAUUAUAUUUCCCCACAGUGCUGGGGCUAGCAAUUGAUGCUGAGCAAGUUCUGUUUGUACAGUGUCUGAUGUUUGGAAAUGGUCAGUUUAGUGCUUUUCUUGGCUGUGUUUCUGUCAAUGUGAGAAGGUGUGGUGGGAGCCUAUGCUAGAAACUUGCAUGUAAAAGUGUGCAGACUAAUCAAAUGGGAGCCUACUGUGUGUUUGUGCCGAAGCUAUAGAUGGACAGCAAAUAAUCACUGCAAAAAUUGGAAUAUUGGCAAACUGUGAAAAUGGAAGUUACAGCACAACAAUGUGUUGUAGUAGAACAUUAUUCAGGGAGCAUAUUGCUAACAAAAAUGUAUAGCUUAAAUCGUGGAGAAAAAAAUAACACUUGAUGGGCAAUUAGCCCCAGAAAACAAGCAAGUGUAUAACCAACCUCAGUGUUUUUUUUAAACUUUUGAUUAUGUUGACAACUGAGUACAUUUGAAAUGCAUUUCAUUUCUUAGUUUUUGUUAUAAAUGAAAUUCAAUGUAUUUUUGUAAAAAAAAAUAUUAAAUGACUGCUUUGUGGAUCUCACCCUUUUUAACAUAAGGAGUCUGGAUGUAGAAAAUGUGUGUUGGCACUUUGGAAUUUCAAGUGGUUCUGUGGGGAAAAUUACAAUUAUUGAGCUUUUUGGUUAGUGAAUAAAAUAUUGUUAUCUUUUAUGUUGAAUCAAUGUGGAAUUAUGCUCUGCCUUGAGCUUAAUGUUUCUUUAUUGGUUUUUAAAUGUCAAUUUUGUUAACAAUCUGUUAGUUGCAGAAACUCUAGGUCCAGAAACACCAGACUUGAUACAAAAUGCUUCUGUCAAACCUGAUAAACUUUUGAUUCUGGCAAAGUGUCAAAAUCUUACAAGUGUUACUUGAAUUUACUACAUCUGUGGAACCCCUGUUGCUUAAGUCUACAUAUUUCAUCUUGAGUAUGUGUGAAUGUCAGUGUUUGUUACAUUUUUUUUGGCAAGCCUACCUGUUCACCUUACAUGCAGUGUUACA